GCUGCUAGCAUGGCCACGGCCGUCCUGGAGCGCCUGAGCACGCUGUCGGUGAGCGGGCAGCAGCUGCGCCGCCUGCCCAAGAUGCUGGGGGACGGGCUGCCCAAGAUGCCCCGCACCGUGCCCGAGAGCGACGUCCCGCAGCUCUUCCGCGAGCCCUACAUCCACGCCGGCUACCGGCCCACGGGCCACGAGUGGCGUUACUACUUCUUCAGCCUUUUCCAGAAGCACAACGAGGUGGUCAACGUCUGGACCCACCUGCUGGCCGCCCUGGCCGUGCUCCUGCGCUUCUGGGCCUUCGCCGAGGCCGAGGCCCUGCCCUGGGCCUCCCCAAGGGCCCUGCCCCUGCUGCUCUUCGUCCUGUCCUCCGUCACCUACCUCACCUGCAGCCUCCUGGCCCACCUGCUGCAGUCCAAGUCCGAGCUGUCCCACUACACCUUCUAUUUCGUGGACUACGUGGGUGUGAGCGUGUACCAGUACGGCAGUGCCCUGGCCCACUACUUCUACAGCUCCGACCAGGCCUGGUACGAGCGCUUCUGGCUCUUCUUCCUCCCGGCCGCGGCCUUCUGCGGCUGGUUGUCCUGUGCCGGCUGCUGUUAUGCCAAGUACCGCUACCGGAGGCCUUACCCGGUCAUGAGGAAGAUCUGCCAGGUGGUGCCGGCGGGCCUGGCCUUCGUCCUGGACAUCAGCCCCGUGGCGCACCGGGUGGCCCUGUGCCACCUGGCCGGCUGCCAGGAGCAGGCAGCCUGGUACCACACCCUCCAGAUCCUCUUCUUUCUGGUCAGCGCCUACUUCUUCUCCUGCCCGGUCCCCGAGAAGUACUUCCCCGGGGCCUGCGACAUCGUGGGCCACGGGCACCAGAUCUUCCACGCCUUCCUGUCCAUCUGCACGCUCUCCCAGCUGGAGGCCAUCCUCCUGGACUUCCAAGGCCGCCAGGAGAUCUUCCUCCAGCGCCACGGGCCCCUGUCCGUCUACGCUGCCUGCCUCUCCUUCUUCUUCUUGGCCGCCUGCAGCGCGGCCACUGCCGCCCUCCUGCGGCACAAGGUCAAGGUCAGAUUGACCAAGAAAGAUUCCUGAAGAGGACGA